UCGGUUUGACCGCGGCGGCCACGCUGACUGGGAGGACCUGGCCGGGGAAACGACGGCGUGGUCCCCGGGUGUAAACAGACCGGUCCGGCGGGGCCAGGCAGGGGGAAGCCCGCGCAAACAAUGGCCGGGGUGGCCCCUCACGACAGCAGGACGUUAUAGGGGGUACGAGGUCGGGAACUCUGGGAUUUUGUGCAGUCGGUCAGAGCUUGGCCUUAUGUGUGGAUUUCGGAGGUGAACAAGAAGAUCCAAGCAGCCACCAAGAGGACAGAUAAGACAUUUGCAAGAGGCACUGCUGCAUGUCUUGUCUUCGCUUUAUUUGCGACCACCAGUUGAUAAGCACACGCGUACACACGGGACAAUAGAGACGGCACGGACGCAUCCAUAACCGCUGGGGGAUCUUUAUUUGGGAGGCCCGCUCUGAUCCAUAAGAAUGUGUGUCGUGUACAGUACGGAUCAUCGGAAACAGCAGGCAGCGAGCCGGUAGGAGACCGGGGGAGCCUGCCGAACAACGUCUCAGUUUGUCAACGUCGCGCCCCGGCCUUUUACAGGAACUCAGGCUGGACACCGGGUAAUCUUCUAAGAAGUACGGCAGGGGGCGAUCUUUUCUUCAGGUUGGAUUACUUCCAGGGGUUGUCUAGGAAUGCUCCGGAGUCGGGACGCACUGACUACAUAUGGUAAAUGUACGGCGGAAUUCUGUGGAAUAACUCUUACCAUUUUCAACAGAUGGCGAUAAAGAACGUCGACUGGCAAACGUUUUAGAAAUGCACACAGCAAGUUCUGUUGUGCCGUACCCUUAAUAGAUUGGCUACAUGAGAGAACGCGCCGGUCAUGCUUAAUUAGCUUGUGCGUGCGGAGGAAGGUUUUUAUUUAAUACAACUCUUGUUUCUUGUUUGUGUGGCCGGCAGCCGCGUUGUUCUGAACACAGACGUCCUUCCGUCAGGCCAGGCUAUGUCAUUACUGGGUAGUCUCGCUGUCUAAGCUUGUUAGCGGCUAGAAACGGGCAGCGCGGGGUUGAGGGUCACCUCCACGUGAGUGAGUAGGAUUAGGAACAGGCUGAGAACGGAUGUGGAGUUUGUACUGCGCUCCGAGCCUGAGGGAUAAUUUGUCUGCCCAACCAGGGGCAGUGGUCCGUUUUGAGCGGCAAAUUUAGCUGUGGAAACAAACACGACGUCUGGGGCGCUAUCUUCUCAUCUCUUCAAAUUUGCCCCCAAGCUUCCGCUGCCGACGACAAGUACCUUUAUCUGUCUACCUAGUCUUUAGUUGUGUCGGUUUUGUAACAACGUGGACGUGCGAGGUAAACGUGCUAUGUAAGACCAAGAUGCGCAUCCUGACUGUUAUUAUGGCCGUUUUUAACGUUUUAGUAGCAAUCAGGAGCGGUCGGUCGUCAGACGACGUUACGGACGAGUCGUCAGGGCAGUACGCGGGCCCCUGGAUGUACUGGGGAGAGACGAGAGGGAACAGGCUCUACAGUAGCGAGUCGGAACACAGCUGCCGGUACAUGAUCGUGGUGCCUCGGGAGGAGUCGCAGACAUGCCCGAGCGUCGCGCCGGCGUGGCACGGCGUUUGGUCGCGGGACGAGCACGACAGUAACAAGCCGUCAGUGGAAAGCAAAGGUCGCGAACAACGUGAAGUACAGAUGUUUGUCGGCGACGAUGAGCCAUUAGAACACGGCGUUACAGAACACAGGCUGAGGCACUCCGGACGACAUGGCCGACAUGGCCGACACGACGGCCACAGCGACCGGAGACGAGAACAGCCGAGCAUCGACGACAUCGACGAAGAAGACCCCGACGUCGAUGACAGUGACGACGAAGACAGCGAAGCUGAUGAAUUUUUACAUUUUUUACCUGACGAACAAGCUGAAGAAAACAAGCACGUAUUUUCUGGCAGUGGCGAAAGCGAGCGGGUAGAUUCUCGGAGGAAUGCUGACCCCGUUGACAGUCUAAGGGAAGAGCGCCAACUUCGCGUGAAUCAGAGUCUACGCGUCCUCAUCCUACAGAACGAACUCCUGAAGGAGAAAAUCCAUGCCAAAGCUUUAGAGAUGCAGCUGCUAGACGGGAGGCUUCAGGCGGAGUUCCACCGGUCCGAGGAGCAGAUGCCGGCGGACGGACAGGGGGACGGCUCCCGAGCAGGAAGGUGGGAGAGAUACGCUGGUCCACAGGAGGCCCGCGGUCGGACCAGAAAAGAACCGAUGUGGCAAAAGGACACGGUUGGCGUCCUGUGGACCGGCGCCAAGGCAGAGCGACUCAGCAACACCAUCUUUCGGCAGCGGGCGGAAAUACAGGCAAAACAGGCGAAGAUAUCCAAACAACAGGAGAAAUUAUCCAACAUGAUACAGGAGGCUGUGACGCAGGCGCAGUUGCUGGCGCACAGUGACGUGUGUAAUGAGUGCACCAGUACCGAGUACUGCCACAUCAUGCGUGACGACGCCGCAUGCGUGCCGUGUAGCGUCUGUCCCAAGGGAUACGUCACCAAAUCACGGUGCACACAAACGGCUGACGUCAUUUGUCAAGAUGAAGAUGAGUGUAAAACCCGGCCGCCUGUCUGUCCGUCCCACACCAUGUGUCUGAACCUACCCGGUUCUUACCUCUGUGUGGCGCCGGUCAAACUUUGUCCCAACGGAAACUUCUUCAACUCACAGAAACAAAAAUGCCAAAGGUGUCGCAGUUGUGUAGGCGCCAGUGGACCGAUCGUGCCCUGCACCAGCACCACCGACGUUCUGUGUUCUCCGCCGGUACUCAGCCGACUGUCUGCCACCUGGCAAGGCACGGCAGAAAUCCCUCCGCCUAGAAUGCUCAGGGAGGUUUCAUCCGGGCCUGCAGUACAGCUGCGCAUGCUCCCAAGUAACCAUAUCAACGACAGCUCGUUCUCUGAGCCGGUGGAACAGACCAUGGUGCAGAUGGGGGAGAGCGGGUUCGUCUGGGCCGACUACACCUACCCCCUGCCCUACCCCUGCAAGGGGCACAUGGAACUGUCCCUGCAGCUUGGCGGGAGUUACUUCCAGUCUACCUGGCUGCACGUCGGAAGGGCGGUUCCACGGGAGGGAUCGACCAGACGUGUGAGCGGGGAGGCGCAGGAGGGGGCGUCCAUUACUGCUGCGGGGAGGGUGGGCGCCGGCGCUCCGAUAUCCCUCCGGCUCCGGGACCGCCACGGCCUCUGCCCUCCCGUGAUGCUCCGGCGACAGGCGACGUACCUGCGCAACGACCGGGAGAUGACGUCUUUCGAAGCGCCCCUGACGUCAUCUAGCGUCCUGUGGCUCGCCCAUGCUACAGGUGCCGUCCUGCUAACUGCACGGGCGAAAGAACUCGUCCAACGGACGGGGAAAACAGAGUGGCGGCUUGAAUUCAAACUGUCAACCGUUUCUGAUUCCUACAUACUGAAAGUCGUUUACGGAGACGUGGCCGUAUCGGUAGGCGGAAACAUAAAGUUAUCUUUCACCCAAGCGGUCUUCCUGCGCGGGACCUGUCUAAACGCCGGAAUCUCAGUCUCCCUUAUGAUCAGAAGAGACAAACAGGAUGUAGUCGCAGAUAAACAAUUUGUAGGAGGGGUACGGGGUGAAUACACGUCUAUCCAGGUUCAAUCUCACUUUCCCGUACAGUCUUCUGACAGGAUUUUUGUGGUAGUUAAAGCCGCAAAGCGCUGUGAUGUGCACUUUUAUAGUGCCAUGCAUGGACUAAGCGCUAUCAAUGUGUUAUGGAUCCCUCAGAAACACUCAUCUGUACUCAGAGCACGGCUAGAACACGCCCGUGCCCUGGCAGGGCUGGCCCAGUCUACCAGGCUGAGAUUUGCGGAGGAACUGAACACACGACCAGGGGAUGUCACCCUCCUGCCGGACGGGGUUCUGAGUUUCCACUCCGCCGGGAGAGUUAGUAUGGAAUGUCAUCUGAGAAUGCUGCACUCUUGUGAUUAUGCUGCUAUAACUGUUUUCUAUACGGGACUUGCGAUUCGCGACACCCAGCCCGUGUUGCGGCAGGUGCAGGGGAACACCCUGUCUCGCUGGGCGGGCAUGACGGUGGCGGGAACAGUUCCUGUGGAGGCCGGCUCCAAGAUCCACUUCGAGCUGUCCUGCAAGCGUGGCCGGGUCAACGGCGUGGACAGGGAGUUCGCCGGGCUCUCUCUCGUCUGGCUCCCGCCUUGAACGUACAAUUUGUCCGUACAGUAAAUACACCAA